AUGUGCGAUAGAGUGCGCAAGCCGAUGCCGCAGCGGGCGCCGGACCGCAACCGCCCCUCGGCCAUCAUAUCGCCGAGCAUCCUCUCCGCGGACUUCGCGCACCUCGCGCGCGACUGCAACGACGUCCUCGCUCACGGCGCAGACUGGCUGCACGUUGACAUCAUGGACGGCCACUUCGUCCCGAACCUGACGAUAGGCCACCCUGUUGUCAAAGCCAUCAGGAAACACACGACUGCGUUCCUGGACUGCCACCUCAUGGUCUCAGACCCAGCCAAGUGGGUGGACGAGUUCGCGAAGGCCGGCGCGGACAUGUUUACGUUUCACAUCGAGGCCUUCGACCGCGACGAAAGCCUCGCGGAGGGCGCUGCAGACCCCCGCGUGCUCGCGCUGCUGGCGCGCACGCGCGAGCUCGGGAUGCGCACGGGCAUCGCGCUGUGCCCGGAGACGCCCUGGGGCGCGCUGCUGCCGUACGCCGCGGAAAUAGACAUGGCGUUAGUCAUGACGGUGCGACCAGGCUUUGGUGGUCAAAAGUUCAUGCCCGAAACCAUGGAAAAGGUGCGGGCGCUGCGGGAGCUGUACCCGGACCUCAACAUCGAGGUCGACGGCGGGCUCUCGACGGCGACGAUCGAGGCGGCGGCGGAGGCCGGCGCGAAUGUCAUUGUGUCGGGCAGCGGGGUGUUUUGCGUCGAGAAGCCCGCGGUCGCGAUCUCCGACAUGCGCGCCGCGAUCGAGGCCGCGUCGAGGUGA